AUGCGGCUUCUUGGCUCACAGUCAGCGAACAUGGAAGAGCGUGUGCCACCGUCUGCGCGUACACGUCGGAGCCCGGUAAACCAGGCGAGAAUCCACAGCAUCGAGGCGAUUCUGGGAUUUAAGGAGGACAGUGUGUUCCCCCCGGGCGGCGUGGGGUCUCUGAGAAAGGACACACACUCCGAAAGGGCUGGAAGUGUCCGCUGCGCCGGCAGAUCUGGAGCACCCGCCAGUCCAGACUUACCGGACAGCGACGGUAGGCUCUCAGACGACGAGAGUCAGAAGAAGAAGCACCGCAGGAACAGGACCACGUUCACCACCUUUCAGCUGCACGAGCUGGAGCGAGCGUUCGAGAAGUCGCACUAUCCGGACGUGUACAGCCGAGAGGAACUCGCGCUGAAGGUGAACUUACCGGAAGUGCGCGUGCAGGUGUGGUUCCAGAACCGUCGUGCCAAGUGGCGUCGCCAGGAGAAGCUGGAGAUGAGCUCCAUCAAGCUCCAGGACUCCUGCGUGCCACCUUUCCCCCGAGCGGUGGCCCCUGCGCUGGGCAGCAACCUGCCCCUGGAGCCCUGGCGGACAGGGCCCCUGCCCCCCUGUGCUUCUCCCCUGCAGUCGCUGCCGGGGUUCAUGGGCUCUCAGACAGGUUUGCCCUCCAGCUACACGCCUCCACCCUACCUGGGGCCUCCGGCCCUGAGCCACACUCUACCCCACCUCGGGGCAGCCAUGUGUCCCACUGCACCCCCGCCGAGCCAGCCUCCGCACUACCAGUGCUCGGGCUUCGUGGACAAGCUCCCUGCCGAGGACACUGAUCCACGCCACUCCAGUAUCGCGUCGCUGAGGCUUAAGGCCAAGGAACACAUCCAGUCUAUCGGCAAGACGUGGUAAAUGCA